GCUUGGAUCGGGCCUCAAUUAUCUACCCCACGCCGCGAGCCCCAUUCUCCGCAUCCACGCAGGCAAGAACGAGCGAAAGGUCCAGCCUCUCGGUAACGUGGGAAAAGGCACCGAGCCAUCGGUAUCACCAGACCAGACUAGACCAGAGAUGGCGCCCUCUCCCAAGAAGUAUGCCCUCAUUGGGACGGGCAGCCGAGCCAUCUUCUUCUACACGGCCAUCGUCACGACAUACAAAGACACAUCGUCUCUCGUGGCGUUCUGCGAUACCAACCAGACCCGCCUCGACUAUGCCAACUCAAGAAUCAAGGCCCUUGGCUACCCAGAGGUGCCAACGUAUCUCGCGUCAGACUAUGACAAGAUGAUUGCCGAGACGAAGCCAGACGAGAUCAUUGUCACAACCGUGGACCGCACACACCACAAGUACAUUGUCCGCGCCCUGGAGCUGGGGUGCACGGUGUUGAGUGAGAAGCCCAUGACGGUCGACGUACCCAAGUGCAACGAGAUUCUCCGCGCCGUCGAGCGUACCAACGGCAAGGUGCGCGUGAGCUUCAACUAUCGCUAUGCCCCGCACAACACCAAGAUCUACCAGGUCCUCCAGUCGGGCGCGAUUGGCAAGGUGACGAGCGUGCACUUUGAGUGGAUGCUGAACACGAGCCACGGCGCGGACUACUUCCGUCGCUGGCAUCGCGACAAGCGCAACAGCGGGGGGCUGCUCGUGCACAAGUCGACGCAUCACUUUGACCUGGUGAACUUUUGGCUGCAGAGCCGGCCCAAGACGGUGUUUGCGCAGGGCGACCUCAAGUUCUACGGCAAGGAGAACGCGGAGAGCAGAGGGAAGAAGGAGUUUUACUCGCGGGCGCACGGGAGUGCCUGCGCCAAGGACGAUCCGUUUGCGCUGCAUCUCAAGGACAAUGAGCAGCUCAAGGCCCUCUAUCUAGAUGCCGAGCAUGAGGAUGGGUACUAUCGCGACCAAAGUGUGUUUGGCGACGGGAUCAACAUUGAGGACACGAUGAGCGUCCUCGUCAAAUACCGCAAUGGUGCGUCGUUGACGUACUCACUCACUGCCUACGCGCCCUGGGAAGGGUUCAGGGUGAGCAUCAACGGGACGGGCGGAAGGCUCGAAGUCGAGGUUGUCGAGAACAGCUACGUGUCGGCUGGUGGCUCACAGGCAGCGGAGGGGAGCCUCGAGAGCCGGACGGUCACUUUGAGGAGGCUGUUUGAGAAGCCCGUCGAGGUCGAGAUUCAGGAUGGUGAGGGCGCGCACGGCGGGGGUGACGAGCUCCUGCUGAGGGACCUGUUUGGCGCCGUCACAGGCGACGAUGCGAGAGCGCUGCAGGCGAGCCACGUUGACGGUGCAGCGUCCAUCUUGACGGGCAUUGCGGCCAACAAGUCGAUAGCGACGGGGCAGGUGGUGGACGUGGACGACUUGUUGUACAUUGCGUAGAUAUAAUAGACAAUUGUAUGUAGAUGAACACGAGGAACAAGAACCCCAACCCUGCAGCCGACGCUUCCACUCGCCAAGCCGAUUCCCCGAUCUCUAGUGUACGCGCUUGGCACAGCCCCCCGUACAAGACACGAUCACAGACCAACCAGCAAGCCUGGGAGCAAGCACACGCCGGAGCUAUCGGCCAAUCCCGCCUAUAGUACCAAUGAUGAAUCAAUCGCCCGAUGGUCGACAGUUCAGUGUUAGUACAGUACUAGUACUCCAGUCAAGUCCAG